AUGUCAUCAUCUGAUAAAAGGGGCCGACUGAAGAGAGCAUGUGACUAUUGCCGCCGAUCGAAAAUCAAGUGCGACGCAGCCGAACGCUACCCAGAAACUUGCUCCAAUUGCGCUGAAAAGAGACACUCUGGCGAGAGAGAGACGCCGUGCACAUUCGUAGAUGGUGCGCCCAAGAAGAGGCACACCUAUGCUUACGUACGCAGUUUGGAGGAGAGGGUGAAAGAGCUCGAGGGUAAGCUGGGCGUGGGCACGAGCGAGAGCUUACACAAGAAGAGAAGAGUGAACAGCGUUGUUUAUAGCUCUACACACGCUCAAGAACCAGACUCUGAUUCCGAGUAUUCAAAUAUUGUACGUUCCAUGUGGCUCAGCGGAGAGCAAACACCGCACAGCCAAGAAAACCUACGGGAAUUUGGCAUGGCAUCCAAUAAAGGUCUCUUCGCUCUCGCUACUGGAUUCGUAGACAGUCGCCAGUCGCUCAUCAAGGCUAAUGGUCAUGUCGUUACCUCCACAAAGCACUACAACCAGCACUACAAUGAGUCGGAUUUCGGUGAAAGUAGCUUGGUUUACGCUCUAGUAGACCUCUAUUUCAGCCAUGUCCAUCCAUCACUGCCUCUGUUUCCCGACAAAAGUGCAUUCCUCGCGCGAGUGUCUAGCAGUAAGCUAACAGCAGAUUUUGGAGGUGUGUUGCUCUUGGUAUGCGCAUUAGGCGCUCUCUACCACUCUCACACUUCCGCCGACGCCUAUCUGCACACGUACUCCCACAAAGCGCCAAAUGCCCUCCUUAUGCCAUCGCUCACCGUACACUCCAUACAGGCUGUCGUUUUGGAGGCACUGGCAAUGCAGAACACACAAAAGUACUGCCGCAGUUGCUGGUCGGUGAUUGGCUUGGGUGUGCUCCUCGCUGAGGACAGCAGGCUCGAUAAAGCGCAGUGCGAGGAAGGCAAGCGAGCACUGUGGGGGCUUUAUAUCCUCGAUAAAUCUUACGCAAUUAGCUGUGGUAGACGAGUACUACGAGAUGGGAUCGACAUGGCCAAACCUGAGAGUAUUAACAUAAAACAAGACACUUCAAUAACCUACUUCAACAAUAUGAUUGACCUGUAUGCUCUCGUAGCCGAUGUCGUAUCGCUGCAAAGAUCGAAAGUUGUGUCUGUAGAUAUGGUAGAUAGUUUGAAUGGACGUUUGGAUGAGUGGGGUAAGAGGUGCUGUCAGAAAUCCUUACACUUGCCCUCGCAGCAACAAUGUCUCAAGGUAGUAGGAUAUGGUGUCGUGAAAAUAUUCAUCAAUAAGAAGUAUCUCAAGACACAAAGCACUAGCGGGCUGAACUUGUGUGUAGAUGCCGCAAAGAGCAUUUUAUCUACACUUUAUUAUCUGCAUUACGAAAGUGGGUUCGUUGUAAAUUACACGGAUGCGCUUCUAAACUGGAGUCCAAUCACCGCUAGUGGUAUAAUGAUAUUGAGUGUGUGCACUCUCCGCAGCGCUCAACAACCAUACGAACAGCACAUGAGUUAUGUUGAUAUAGCCAUGCAAGUGCUAAGGGCUAAAAGUUUGACGGAUGGUGUGGUGCGCAAGGCGUACGAAUUGUUCCAAGGGUUGAUCGAUACGCUUCAGUUGAGAUGUGCACAGCCCUCACUGGCACCGUCAGUCACUGGAUGGCUGGAUGAAUGUAUGCGUGAUUGCAACAACCCCCUAAAUGCUGCUGAAUUAGACAGCGAUUGGGAGAAAAUAUCUAAGGCGAUGGAGCAAGUCCUCGAAAAGUUCAAAGUAGAGGCGAGAGACACAUUGAGAGAGUGUCUACGUGAGCAACAGGACAAUUACGCCAAAUCUCUCAAGGAGACGAUCCUGGCACUCGAGCAGCAAAUACACGAAUUAAAGGAGCAAAACGUAGCGCCACAACUUAUGCCUGCAGCACCAACGUACGCACAAAAAGCAGCUGCAGAAACCCCAACGGUACCGUCAAAAAUGGCAAUCACGCUCACACUUCAUCAAGCCGACCCAGCCAAGCCAGUGCUGAGUGAUAAUGAUUAA